AUGUCUGCAUCUGUGAGAAAAAGACAAAAAGUAUCUUCAGCCUGUGAGCGCUGCCGUAAGCGCAAGCUCGGAUGCGAUGCUGAGAGACCUUGUGUCCAUUGCGUCCGCGCGGGUGCCCAGUGUAUCCCUCGCGAGUCAAUAUCAGGAGACAUCGGGGCAUCUUCACUUGGCCAGACAAAUACGAGAAAUAGACAGGCUCAGAAUCCGGGGUCUCCCAUACUCCCAGAAUCUAGCAUCGUUGACCUAAGUGCUCUUAUGAUACGCGGGAGCGGCUCCAGCCAGGACUUACGACAUGAUACCUCCUCACUGCCUGGCGGAACAAAGCUCCUGGAAGCCAACACCACGCUCCCUGCCAAGCAUUGGCGUAACGUAGUAGGCGUAGAACUCCCUACGGACGAUAUUCUUGAGCAAUUAGUGGACAGCUUCUUCUCUUCGGUCAACUGGUUCAUGAUGGUCUUCCACGAAGAUACCUUUCGCCGCCGGUAUGAAGAAAUGCUACAACAGACACAAAUCAAGUACCAGGACACAACAUUCUUCUGGACAUGGCUUCUAGUCAUAGCGCUGGGUGCACAUUACGCCGCACUUAAAGACCCUGAGGACCCGAUGAGUCCUCAGCACAGACAGCUUUCUCGAGACCUAAUUGCCGUUAUCGAAACGCGCUUCCUGCAAAUUAUCGGGUGUCAAACCGUAGAGACAGUCCAAAUAUGUAUCCUGCUUGGCAGUUUCAUAUUUUAUACGCGGCCCACAACAGGACUAGGUAUCUGUGGAAUGGGGGUCAAAAUCGCUCAGGUCAUUGGACUGCACCGUGAGAGUUUCUGGAAAGAGACGUCUCAGCUAGCACAAGAAGUCAAGCGACGCACUUGGUGGACAUUGGAAGUCUUUGACAAAUAUGCUGCUGUUGCAUUCGGGCGCCCCUGUAUCAUUGACGACUCUGACUGCCAAGUCGAGAUGAUCUCGGAUAUUGACAUGGAUGGCCAUACGCAUGUCCCUGCAAGGCCACUCAUCCUCUACCAUCAACAUAAAUUCCGUCUCUACAGGAUCAUGGGUGCAUUCUUGGGUCGGAAGAGACAACGAAAUACAUUUGAGUCCGUUGGAACAAUUCAUCAACGUAUGCUACAGUGGCGCCACGACCUCCCCGAGAUCCUGACUCUUAACGGCCAGGAGCACUCCACGGACGCAAGUGUAGUAAGACCAACUGAGAUCCAUGCACUCAGUCUCCAGCUUACCUAUGACAACCUACAAAUCAUCUUACACCGUACUGAAGUCUUCAACAGCAACGACAUCUCUUCUGUAACUACCAACAGCAGGACGUCUCUGGAGCAGAUCUUCACCUCAGCAAUGGACACAUCCGAGCUCUCCCGCCAUCCUCGCAUUCUAGAUGCUUGUAGAAGGACUCACGCAGACGUCCAUGUUGGAAUGACCAUGUUUACAGCCGGCGUUGUUCUCUGCGCUAUCUGCCUGGCACAGCCUCUUACUGAAAUGGGGUCACGCGCAAAGACCGGGGUUAUGCACAUUACACGCAUGUGUAGAGAGACCAAACCUGGUCUUUAUAGUGGCCAACUUGUCUCGGAGCAGAGUUUGGGGAUUAUAGAUAGCCUAGUCGAGGUUAUGCUUCGAAAGGAAACGGAUAUGAUAACCGGACGAACGAGUUAUCCAGGCCUCCAUACCGCCUCUAUCAACAGUGAAACGGUCUCAUCUGCCCGAGGCUACUCAACAUCAAGCAGGGCCAUAGCACCCAAACCAAGUACGACCGCAACUGCUCCGAGUGAUCCCAGAAACGCCCGAGUCUUGGAGCCGAUUCACGAAGGCAGCAUAUUUCCCAGCCGUCAACGGGAGCCUAUUUGGAGCCGCAAGACCCCGUCGCUGGAGAUUAUGGAAACCAUGGAGACCAAGGGGCUAUGGGCACGUUCAAUUGGGACGGCGAUAUGUCUGCCCUCGUGGAUUCAGGACUUGUGGAUGCCAGCCAACUGUGGUUAUGGGCGAACACCCUAG